CCGAAAAGGACGACUCGAAUGAGCGCUUCUUGACGUCAUGGCUCACGGCCCUGCGCCUAGAGGCUCGGCGGCUGCUGCGUGACCAGCGCGAGCCCAUCUUCGACGGUGCCAUGGCCAACGUGCUGUACAUUGUGCCCCAGAACAUGCUCGUUUUCCCAGCGGGAGUGCUUCGGCCCACCCUGUUUUAUUCAAACGGUCCCGCGAGCCAUAACUACGGCGGCCUCGGUCAGAUAGCAGGUUCCGAGCUGAUGCGAGGCUUUGACGUCAAGGGCAUGGCAUACGACGAUGAAGGCGAAAAGCGCCCCUGGGGAACUACGGCUCAACGUGUCCAGUUGUCAUCGAAUGCAUUAUGCCUGAGCAAAUCAUUCUUAGAGCUGGUUGGUGACGAGGCGCCCAAGUCGCGCUUCAACGCUGCAGUGGAGCCCGACUUCGACCUCUUGGCAGACUUCGCCGGAUUACACGCGGCUUAUGCCGCUUUCCAGGAGCUCCCUCGUGAUGUGAGGCUGGUCUCGCUGCCUCAUACACCCCUGGACCCCGACCAGGCGUUCUUCGUGUCCCACUGUGAGAAGUGGUGCGAGUCGGCCGACCCUCCGGGAAGUCACCAACGAGGAAAGAUCCGUUGCUUGGCGCCCCUUGCCAACAUGCCAGCGUUCUCUAAAGCCUUCAACUGCGGCGCCGCAUCUCGAAUGAACCGAUCGCGGAAAUGCGUGCUGUGGUAG